GUUUUUUAGCAGAGCAACUAGUAUUGAUAUAAUAAUGAGGAAAAAAUUUCGAGACAGUGAUGAUGACGAGGAAAUAAUUUUAAAAGAGCCUAAAAACAAAGCUUUAAUUGAACGGAAACGACAACGAAAACAACAAAAUAGAAACAAGUCAAGUAUUGGAAAUUUGAUUGAGCAAGUUACUAGUAAAUAUGAAACGUUAAAUUGUCAAACUUUCAUUGCAAACAAAUUUUCUGAUUUCCCAUUAUCACCAGUAACACUAAAAGGACUUAAAGAUUCCAAUUUUACUACACCAACGGAUAUUCAACUUCUUUCCCUUAAACAUUCACUUGUUGGAAAGGAUGUUGUUGGGGCAGCAAAAACAGGAAGUGGGAAAACGUUGGCUUUGCUUAUUCCGUUGCUCGAAUGCCUUUGGAGAAAUAAAUGGACAAAAUUUGAUGGGUUAGGUGCUAUAGUAAUCACUCCAACAAGGGAAUUGGCUUUUCAAAUAUUUCAAGUUUUGAAUAAUAUUGGAAGUUAUCAUGAUUUUUCGGCUGCUUUACUUAUUGGAGGUUAUUUUCAGAUUAUAGGGAAAAUUGGGAGUACUUUGUAAGUCCUUUGGACCUGUUUUUGAGAGCACUUUGGAAGUCGCCUCUUUUUUCAUUUUUUGACCAUUUUGAGCUUUUUUUCCUUUCCUCUUUCCUUACAACUUUUUCGAUGUUUGGCUUAUGAACUUGGAAUAUUUUGGGAUUUGUGAAUAGGGUUGGAUUUU